ACGUAAAAUACAUAAAGAAAUGGCCGGAGAAGUCAAAGGAGAUUUGACUUUUAAGCACAUUGUAUUGUCCAACGAUCGUCCUGCUCCAACCGACCCUCAGAAGAUAUUUGCAGACUGGAAUCAUGCAGAAAGCUCUAGACACAAUAGUACUGGCACUUUGACACGAACAGAUGCAUUGUCUGUCCUAGGCUACAAUGUUAAAGAAUACGAAACCAAAAAGCAAAGAGAGACCCAAAAAUUUGCUAAGUAUGGAUGGAAAUACAGGGAAGUAGUUCAAGACCGAAGAGCGGUUCUUGGCUCUUCAGAUAAAGUGUACUCCAAGCAUAAUGUUGGCUUCUUUGAGUCUGUGCAAAUGGCCUACAACAACCACUACAAUCUGGGAACCUCUGCCGAUGACUGGUGGUUCUGUGUGAUUAGACGAAUUGCUGUAGCUAUUGAUCUUAACUGUAGGAACCCAAACGUUCGUAAGACGUUUGUGGAUCACGAAGGAAAAAAGAAUCUAGAGGUAGAAGUUCCUGACUGGCCACUGACCGAAGUGAAUUACUCUUCCUUCUUCGACGAAAUAUCCAAGUUGAUAUCAGCCAAUGUCAAAGUUCCUAACUACGUGGACACCAUGACCGCAGACUUUUCCACUACAACCGCAGUACAGAAGAUGGUCUCGCAGAUCACUCUCAUGUCAUCAGUCCAGGAAUUUUUUGCAUAUAGUCUUUGUGGAGGUUGUGGUUGUGGUAUUCCUGCCAUUGAAAUGUUGGGCUGUGAAGAGGAUUGGCAAAAAUUGCURCCUAAGCUAAGGUCCUUGAAGAAAGUGUUGGAGCCAAUUAAUGAAGAYCUUCAACUCACUGAUCAGUGGUGGGCMCUUGCUGAGAAAAUYUUCACAAAACUWCUGGAGACUUACCGUGGAUCACCUGACCGUGAAUGGUGGAGCCAUAUCAUGACAUACAACGAGCCAUUUGGUUCWGGAGGAUACAUCGCAGGUAUUAUACCAGGUUACAGUGGCUGGGUUGUAGAGUUUCUUGAAGGGAAGGUGGGGCACGAUCUGUAUGAGUUUAGUAGUGGUCUUGUUGCUGUCCCUAUGAAGGUGGUAGACAUAGGCAGAGGAAUUGACACCAUGACUGCCAUAGCUGCUGGCAUGGUGGGCUUUACAGUUCAUGAAGCUAUUGGAAAUAACAGGCCUUCUAUCCGACCCUUCCAAGGAUGGGCAUUAAUGCUACCCCCUAAUUCCAUCUUUUACAAAGAGAUUUGUAGAGAAGAGAAAGAAUCAACAAAAGCAUCGAAACCUGAUGCCAAAAAGAAGCGUCUACUCAAAAGACUGUCAAAGUAGGCAACCAUUCAGAGGACCAAAAACUAACUUGAACUUUAUUUCCUGAACAUUUUAUUAACUUGUAAGUUUGUUUUCUUUAUAACCGCAGAUUACUCAAGAAAUAAAAAAUAUAUUUUGGGA